AUGAUACCGAUCCCCAUGGCGAGCAUGGCGUCCGCAAUAUCGUUUGAGCGUUCAAGUAAUUCGGGGUUCCAGAUGGGUGUGAACUACGGCGAGGUCACUAACCACUUCCUUAUGCCUAUUGAAGAGAUGAAAGAGACAAAUACUAGGCCUUGUGGCAUCGGCAAAACCCAAGUUGCUCUUCAGCUUGCCCGAUGGGUGAAGGCGCAUGUACCAGACUGCUCAAUUUUCUGGGCUCCUGCCCUGAGUCUCGAGAGUUUUGAGCAAGCUUGUUCGCAAAUCGCGAAAGAGCUGCAAAUCCCUCAGAAUGCAGACGGUGAAAGUGCGAUGGAAUUAGUACAGCGACAGCUUAGCUCUGAUAGAGCCGGAAAGUGGCUUUUCAUUGUCGAUAAUGCCGAUGACGUGGACUUGCUUUUCGAUAAGCUUGAUCAGUAUUUCCCUGCUAGCAACUACGGCGUUACUUUGCUCACUACUCGUUCCCGUGCGGUGGCACUAUCGUUCGCAGGAAGGGAUAUAGUCGAGCUCGAAAAGAUGACAACGGAGGAAGGGAUUGCUUUUCUUACCAAGAUUGUAGGAGAAGACUCGCUUUGUGACCGGAACUCCUCUAUACAACUAUUAGAGGAGCUAAACUUCCUACCUCUAGCUAUUGUACAGGCAGCUUACUAUAUUUGUCGGAAUGGUGGAACGACCACACGAUAUCUUCAGCUUAUGCAUAAAACCGAAAAAGAUCGGAUGCGUCUAGCGAGCAGGGAGUUCCACGAUAGCACUCGCUAUCGUAGACUGGCAAACGCGGUGGCCACAACAUGGCUUAUCUCAUUUAAUCAGAUUCAGGGUUCUGAUCCCUCUGCUGCUGAUUUGUUAGGAUUCAUAUCUUACCUUGAGCCAAAGGCAAUCCCGCUAUCUAUUCUCCCCACCCUCGAUUCGGAAGAGGAGAUGGAGUUUUCCAUUGGUACGCUGUGUAGCUACGGAUUUCUCACCAGGAGGGACAAUAAGAAUGUGUUUGAUGUGCAUAGCCUAGUACAGCUAUCAACCCGAUUGUGGAUAACAGAUGCACGGAAGACACAACAGAUUAUCGCGACCUUAACGCAACAUAUGGACAAGUGUUUUCCAUCUGAUGAAUAUACAAAUCGUGACACAUGGAGAAUGUACCUACCACACGCUCUUGAAAUUAUCAGAAGAGAGGAAAGUCAAGAUGUGAGUGAGAGGUAUACCUUACUAUCCAAGGUUGGGAAAUGCAUUCUAGCCGAUGGCCGAGCGAAAGAAGCUGUCACUCUUCUUGGAGACGUGUGUGCAUGGAAUAAAUGCCAGUAUGAUGAAGAACAUCCCUCUCGACUGGCAUCUCAGCACGAACUCGCAGGGGCAUAUCAAUCCAACGGGCAGAUCAAGCAGGCCGUGGAGCUACUUGAACACGUGGUCGCGGUGGAAGAGAGAACGCUCGAUGAAGAACAUCCCUCUCGACUGGCAUCUCAACGCGCCCUCCAACGCAUCAAGAAGUCGAUCAAAGUAGCGACCAUGGAGAACACAUUUUCACCACCCCCCCCGAUAUUGAGUUGUAGUCGACCUGCUCUUCCUCGGAUAAAUCUGCUAAAAAAUAUAUCACUGCAGUAA